AUAGUUAUAACCUAUUUUUAUAUUACAGAGCAAAUUUUUUCCCAUUAAUGGAGCUCACGAGCCGAGCCCGGCGGUGGGCUGUCAGAUACUGAGUAACACUCACGCGACUUCCCCAUAAUCGAUUCAAAGUACUGGCUUUCUGCUCGUUGAACAAGACGGAGCAUGCUCUCAGAGUAGAAAGAGAGAGAGCCAAGCUGCUCUCUUCCUUCUCCAUCUCUCCCCUGCAAUUAAGAUCAUACACUGAGGAAGCGAAGAUCUCCAAUGCGAAUCAUCACCUUCUCUUACUAAACCCUCAAUUUGCUGAGCCUCGCAAGUCACCAGAAGGGCUGAAAAGCGAAAAGAAAAAAAUGCCAUUCUGGAAUACUACCUUCCUAACCAACGAUCUCUCCAAGCAAACCGCAAUCUUCGGCAUCCGCCUCUACAUUUUCAUCGGAAUCUGCGUCGGAGCCGCCAUAGUUCUGGUCCUAUUCCUCCUCUCCCUCUGCUUCCUCUUCCGCCACCGCAGCCGAUCCCUUCGCCGAUGAGAAUGUGAUCGGAGAAGGGGGUUAUGGGAUCGUGUAUCGCGGAGUUCUGGAUGAUGGGUCCAUCGUAGCGAUCAAGAACCUGCUCAAUAACAGAGGGCAAGCCGAAAAGGAAUUCAGAGUAGAGGUUGAAGCAAUUGGGCGAGUCAGGCACAAGAAUCUGGUCCGGUUGCUUGGCUACUGUGUUGAAGGUGCCUAUAGGAUGCUGGUUUAUGAGUAUGUAGACAAUGGUAACUUGGAUCAGUGGCUUCAUGGUGAUGCGGGGGAUGUAAGUCCACUUACUUGGGACAUCAGGAUGAACAUAAUACUAGGAACUGCUAAAGGCUUAGCAUAUCUUCAUGAGGGGCUAGAACCCAAAGUUGUGCACAGAGAUGUGAAAUCUAGCAACAUACUACUUGACAAGCAGUGGAAUUCUAAGGUGUCUGACUUCGGGCUCGCCAAGAUCCUAUACUCGCAAAAAGGUUACGUUACGACUCGCGUCAUGGGAACAUUUGGAUAUGUGGCACCUGAAUAUGCAAGUACUGGAAUGUUGAAUGAGCGAAGUGAUGUUUACAGCUUUGGAGUGCUAAUCAUGGAGAUUAUAUCUGGUAGAACUCCAGUUGAUUACUCAAGACCAGCUGGAGAGGUGAAUUUGGUUGAAUGGUUAAAGAACAUGAUUGGAGAAAGAAGAUCUGAGGAGGUUAUGGAUCCUAAGAUCCUUGAGAAACCUUCGUCGAAAACGCUGAAGAGGGCUCUGCUAGUCUCUCUUCGUUGUGUCGACCCUGAUGCACUGCAGCGACCGAAAAUGGGGCAAGUUGUCCACAUGCUUGAAAUGGAGGGCUUGCUGCUUCAUCAGGAUUGCAAACAUGGGCAGGAGGGAUAUGAUAAGCCAUUUAUACCAAAAAAGUGACAAAAGGAAGGUUAGAUUCAUGUGAGCUGAUAGAAAAAAGAAUAGAUUUACUACAGUUUUGUUUUUAUUGCGUCCAACAGAUUCAAAUUAUUCUUAGCUGUGUGAAGUUCUUAUUGUUAUAAGGGAUAC